AUGUCGAAACCCUCUGUUGCGAUUAUUGGCUCGGGGUGGGCAGGAUUCAUCCUGUCACAGAGGCUAUCACUUGCCAAGUUCGAUGUGACGGUGAUCUCCCCUGUUCGAACUAUACAGUACACACCGCUCCUGGCCAGUGCAGCUUGCGGACUAUUCAAUUUUCGGCUUGCCGAAGAACCCGUCAGGCGCAAGCACAGAACAGAUGUGAAGUACUACAAGGCCGUGGCCGAGGCCAUUGAUUUCGACAAACGAUUGAUUCAGUGCAAGUCUGCAACACAGGUUGGCGGCGACGAGCCGCAACUCUUUGAGGUGAAAUACGAUAAAAUUUGCAUUGCACCGGGGUGCGACAUUCAGGACUUCGGAACCCCAGGCGCUGAGGAGCAUGCACUGUUUCUACGCACUACGAAUGAUGCAAGAUUGAUUCAGCAGCGCAUUUUGGAAAUACUGGAUAAAGCUUCACUGCCCAACGUGAGCGAGGCGGAACAGCGUGACAUUCUGAGCAUACGGAUUGUCGGCGGAGGGGCCAUCGGAAUUGAAGCAGCCGCGGAAAUAUUCGACCUGUGGAAUGAAGACUUGCGCUUCUUGUUCCCACACCUAGAUGGGAAGUUCAGCAUUACCAUUCAUGAUGUUGCGCCCCAAAUCCUAUCUACGUUCGACUCCAGACUUGGCGAGUACGCCACGCAGUCGCUGAAAGGGAAACAUGUGGACUUGAAAACCAGCUCACACAUUCAGAGUGUGGAGCCUGGCGCAAUUAACACCAAAGAAGAGGGCCGAAUUCCUUAUGGGCUUUUACUUUGGGCUACUGGUAACAAAGCCAGCUCGUUGGUUGAGUAG